AUGGUUGUAAUUUUUUUUUUUUUUUUUUUUUCAAGGACAAAUUCUCAACCGGCGGAUACAUCCCCGUACAAACCGCAGAGAGGAUCGACAGCAGCGCCUUCUCCCGCCUCUCCUGGUACCCGACAGCCAAAUGCUUAUACGCCUUACCAGUCCGGAACUGCUCCCGUCAGUCGCGAGGCUCAAGCCAUGCGAUAUCUUCAAUCUUCGCCUUACACAGCACCAGUUCCGUAUCGGGAUGUACCUAGUCCUUACAGGUCUCAGACGGGCCCUCCAGAGCCACGAAGUAACACUCCCCAAGUAGAACUCUUAAACUUACGACCGGGGGAGAGGCCUAGGAUAUCUUUGCUACCUGCUACUCAAGAUUAUAUUACAAAUAUCCCCAGGACAUCAUGCAGAGACGACCUAGUAUCUGUCAGGCAACCAUCUGCUGUUACUGUAUCUCCUCAGCAAGAUGUCGGUCAGCCUUUUAAAAAAAUUCGUCUUGGUGAAGCAAAACCUGAUCUCCAACAACCUCUUCGUAUAGAUGUUAGGGAAUCACCUACAGUUUAUACGCCACAAGUUGAAGCUAUUUCUCCAACUCUUCCAUCCGAAGACAUAGCACUCCGUGCCACAAAAGAAGAUUUACUACAACAGAUAAAUAAAGUAGAUAGAGAAAUAGCUAAAACCGAACAGCAAAUAUUUAAAUUGAAGAGCAAGCAAAGAGAACUCGAGGAAGCUGCUUCCAAGCCGGUUGCUAAAAAAGAGGAAAAGGAAACGGAACAGCCGAAACAUCAAAGUCCAGCGCAGAAAAUAUAUGCGGAAAAUAGAAAAAAGGCUCAAGAAGCUCAUUCGUUAUUAGAUAAAUUAGGGCCAAAAGUUGAAGUGCCGCUAUAUAAUCAACCAUCCGACACUAACGUGUAUCACGAAAAUAAGAGACGCCAUUUAAAUUUUAAAAAAUGUUUAAUAGACUAUUUGAAACAGCAGGCAGCUGAAAAACAAUCGUAUGAUAAAUUUUUAACGCUUACCUACAGCAAACUUAUGUCAGAAUGGCUUAGGAAGGUUGAUAAGAUUGAAAAUUCGGCUAAACGAAAAGCAAAAGAGGCCAAAAAUAGAGAAUUUUUCGAAAAGGUAUUUCCUGAAUUGCGUAAGCAACGAGAGGAUAAGGAAAGAUUUAACAGAGUGGGGGCAAGAAUUAAAUCGGAAGCUGAUUUAGAAGAAAUAAUGGAUGGCUUACAAGAGCAAGAGAUGGAAGACAAAAAAAUGCGUUCAUAUGCUGUGAUACCUCCAAUUUUAUUGGAUUCUCGGCAAAGAAAGUUAAAAUAUGUUAAUAAUAAUGGAAAGUUGGAAGAUUUCAGUAGGGAAUAUAAAGAAAGACAAUUGUUAAAUUUUUGGACAACUGCGGAACACGAAGUUUUCAAGGAAAAGUAUUUGCAGCAUCCGAAAAAUUUUGGUUUGAUUGCAAGUUACCUUGAUCGAAAAAGUGUUUGCGAUUGCGUUCAAAGGUAUUAUCACUCUAAGAAGCAAGAAAAUUAUAAACAGUUGCUGAGAAAGUCGCGACACGGAAGAACGCGGUCAAGCAGAAAUAAUCCAAACGCGAAGGUGAAUAACUCCUCGUCAUCUUCUGCCACGACGUUGGUGGACGCGGUACUCUCUACCACGGGCGUCACGACUCGGCUUCAAAGGGAACAAUUGCAAAAGCAAGAGCCGAAGGAAACAACGAAUCAUGUGAUUUUAAGUGAUAGUAUAAUAUGUAGUGGGUCUAGUUUAAUGAUAAAUACAACAUCGUCUGCUGCAGUUGUAACAAGUGUUAGCUCAAAUACGGUAACAUAUACAAACAGUAAUAGUAGUGCCAAUAAAGAACCGGACAAAGAUGUUAAUACUACAAGUACUACUACUUCUACCAUAAGUGCAUCGACUGCCGCUUCGACUAAUACGGAAAAUAAGGAAAAUUCUGUUAAAAUUAGGCAGACAAACACAACAGCUCCAUCGAUAUUUAAAAUUAUAAAUGUUACACGUUGUAUCAGGUUGAAAAAAUUUUGUACAGAGGUCUCUUUCUCUCUCUUCAUAUCGGAUAAUGUUUAA